CGGCAACCAUCCGGGUACUUUUGUUGGUAGGUGACAUCGUUACACACAAAGUGCGUUCGGGAGCUCCCGAAUUUAGUUCAUUUUUGAGGUCAUUGUGAAAGGGAGCAGUCAUGUCUGACAUUAAAGAUGAGAAGGGAGAUGAAGACAAGAUGUACGGUGGGUGUGAAGGGCCGAAUGCCAUGUAUGUGAAACUGGUUUCAUCAGAUGGACAUGAGUUUAUUGUGAAGAGAGACCAUGCCCUCACAUCAGGAACUAUAAAGGCAAUGUUAAGUGGACCUGGUCAAUUUGCAGAAAAUGAAACAAAUGAAAUAAAUUUCAGAGAAAUACCUUCCCACGUGUUACAGAAAGUCUGUAUGUACUUUACAUACAAAGUGCGUUAUACCAACAGUUCAACAGAAAUACCAGAGUUUCCCAUUGCUCCAGAGAUUGCACUGGAGUUGCUGAUGGCUGCCAAUUUUCUGGACUGUUAAAUUGUGCUGCCUGUCUGAGUUCCAUGGCAUUAUAGAAGAGACGCUGGCUGUGUGAACUAUGGCAUAUAAAGUGUAUAAAUAGGCCCUUGUUCAUCCAAGCAUUUCUAGUGUUGUGGCAAUGUUAACAGAAUACUCCCUUUGUGAAACACUGCCAGAAUGUGUUAGUGUUCACUACAGAAAUAUGGCACAGAUACCUUGGAUUUUUCUACUGGAAACUGGAAAAUAUGGCUGCUUGAAAUGAAAUAUUGUAUCCUAGUUGUAGAUGUGAUCAGAACAGGCUUAAAAGAGCUGUCUUUAAAGUAGUUCCUUUAUUUCUGUUAACUGAGACUCCGACAUGGAAUGCAUAAACCAGGUUUGUUUAUAAAUUUCUGAAUUUGUAGAAAAGAAAUCUAGGAUAUUAAAGUAGGAAGGGGGUGUGUUUGAAGCUCCUCGUAAUUUCUGCUAAUGAAGAAUAGUAAUGAAAUGAAAACAGCUUAUUAUUGUGGUGUUUUUUAACACUUGUCAACAGUACUUGCAGCAUGCAGACGGAUCUUGUCUGUAAUGCUAUGAAAAUUAAGCAAUAGUUUUGUUCUUCUUCCUUUACUAAAUUCUCAUUUUUAAAGGUACAUAUAGUCCAUUGUUUAAGUUAAGUUUUUGAUCUGUUAGCUGGAUGCUUAUAUUGUUGGUUUCUUUCAAUCAAUGAUUGUAGCAUGAAUAGCACAGCUAUUUCAUUGGUAAACAUGUGUCCAGUAUCCAUGUUAUCACCUUGUAAAGCCCUGUAAAACAUGUAUUAUAUCACAGUGUCUCAUUAUUUCUGGUCUUUUUUUAUAUAUAAAUAUUCAGCUUCCCUUUUAUGUAGGGCAAAGAGAGUGGUGUUUCACUAUAGUACCGUUCGAACUAUGUAUUUAUUAAAACCUCGUCAAAAAAUUAUGCUAUUAAGGUUUGUAAAAGUAGUUUCAUUUAUACUUUUAAGUUGAAAGUGUAUUUAGUCUUGAUCGUUGUAAAACUCCUGCAUGCUUGAGUUUGAAACAUCAGAGAGAGAAUUAAAGUCCUAUCUAUAUAUAGAUUUGAAUGG